CGCCCUCCGCUCGGGGACUCACUAGGGCGAACGAGCGGCAGCGCUUGGCAUUGUAGAAGGCAGCGGUGGCCGGCGAGGGCGCCGGAGCCGCGGGCAGUGGCAGGGCGCGGGGAGGCACGCACCAAAGCUUGGAUUGCGCGGCGUCCGCCGCUGCGAGCGCACUCACAUUUAGUCGCGCAACUUCGGUGACUGGACGCCGGAGCCCGGAGAGCACUCGAGCCCAGGAGCCUGAGGAGCGCAGAGAGGGGCGCACCAAAGCCUGGCCGGAGAGGGGGCGCCGGGCACCCAUCGCGCUUCGAGCGUCGGGCAGCCCUCUGCGAAGCGUGGCUGCCUCUGCCCCCACGGAGGGCACGGGCUGGCGCGGCCGGGCGCCGGGGAGGACGGCGAGGAGGAGGCGGCGGCGGCGGAGACGGCGGCGGCGAGACUGGGGCCAGGGAGAGAGCCCCGGGGGAGAGGCGCCUGAGCCGGGCCGCGGGAGCAUGUGGACCCGGAGUGGAGCGCGAGGCGCGCUGUUGCUGGCGCUGCUGCUCUGCUGGGACCUGAGGCUGAGCCAAGCAGGCACUGACCCAGGCAGCGAGGUGCUCCCCGACUCCUUCCCAUCAGCGCCAGCGGAGCGGCUGCCCCUCUUCCUGCAGGAGCCGCAGGACGCCUACAUAGUGAAGAACAAGCCCGUGGAGCUGCGCUGCCGCGCCUUUCCCGCCACGCAAAUCUACUUCAAGUGCAACGGCGAGUGGGUCAGCCAGAACAACCACGUCACACAGGAGGGCCUGGACGAGGCCACCGGCCUGCAGGUGCGAGAGGUACAGAUCGAGGUGUCACGGCAGCAGGUGGAAGAGCUGUUCGGGCUGGAGGAUUACUGGUGCCAGUGCGUGGCCUGGAGCUCUGCGGGCACCACCAAGAGUCGCCGGGCCUAUGUCCGCAUUGCAUACCUGCGUAAGAACUUCGAUCAGGAGCCUCUGGGCAAGGAAGUGCCCCUGGAUCACGAGGUUCUCCUUCAAUGCCGCCCACCAGAGGGGGUACCUGUGGCUGAGGUGGAAUGGCUCAAGAACGAAGACAUCAUUGACCCCACCCAGGACACCAACUUCCUGCUCACCAUUGACCACAACCUCAUCAUCCGCCAGGCCCGCCUGUCAGAUACGGCCAACUACACCUGCGUGGCCAAGAACAUCGUGGCCAAGCGCCGCAGCACCACGGCCACCAUCAUCGUCUAUGUGAAUGGCGGAUGGUCCAGCUGGGCAGAGUGGUCGCCCUGCUCCAACCGCUGUGGCCGAGGCUGGCAGAAGCGCACACGGACCUGCACCAACCCCGCCCCACUCAAUGGAGGCGCCUUCUGUGAGGGCCAGGCCUUCCAGAAGACUGCCUGCACCACCGUGUGCCCAGUCGACGGUGCCUGGACCGAGUGGAGCAAGUGGUCAGCCUGUAGCACCGAAUGCGCCCACUGGCGCAGCCGCGAGUGCAUGGCACCCCCGCCCCAGAACGGAGGCCGGGACUGCAGCGGGACCCUGCUCGACUCCAAGAACUGCACUGACGGGCUGUGCGUGCAGAUCCUGGAGCCCUCGGGGGACGUGGCGCUGUACGCGGGCCUUGUGGUGUCCAUCUUCGUGGUGGUGGCCGUCCUCAUGGUGGUGGCGGUGGUGGUGUACCGCCGCAACUGCCGGGACUUCGACACCGACAUCACCGACUCAUCCGCUGCCCUCACCGGCGGCUUCCACCCGGUCAACUUCAAGACGGCGAGGCCCACCAACCCGCAGCUCCUGCACCCGUCUGUGCCUCCGGACCUCACCGCCAGUGCUGGCAUCUACCGCGGGCCCAUGUACGCCCUCCAGGACUCAGCCGACAAGAUCCCCAUGACCAACUCGCCCCUGCUGGACCCCCUGCCCAGCCUCAAGAUCAAGGUCUACAGUUCUAGCACCACGGGCUCCGGGCCAGGCCUGGCAGACGGGGCUGACCUGAUGGGGGUCCUGCCGGCUGGCACAUAUCCUGGUGAUUUGGCCCGGGACGCCCACUUCCUGCACCUGCGCAGUGCCAGCCUCGGCUCCCAGCAGCUCCUGGGCCUGCCCCGUGACCCGGGGAGCAGCGUCAGCGGCACCUUCGGCUGCCUGGGCGGGAGGCUCAGCAUCCCUGGCACAGGGGUCAGCCUGCUGGUACCCAAUGGAGCCAUCCCCCAGGGCAAGUUCUACGAGAUGUACCUCCUCAUCAACAAGGCAGAAAACACCCUCCCGCUUUCGGAAGGGACCCAGACAGUAUUGAGCCCCUCGGUGACCUGCGGGCCCACGGGCCUCCUGCUGUGCCGCCCCGUCAUCCUCACGGUGCCCCACUGCGCCGAAGUCAGUGCUGGCGACUGGAUCUUCCAGCUCAAGACCCAGACCCACCAGGGCCACUGGGAGGAGGUGGUGACCCUGGACGAGGAGACCCUGAACACCCCCUGCUACUGCCAGCUGGAGGCCAGGUCCUGCCACAUCCUGCUGGACCAGCUGGGCACCUAUGUGUUCACGGGUGAGUCCUACUCCCGCUCGGCCAUCAAGCGGCUCCAGCUGGCCAUCUUCGCCCCUGCCCUCUGCACCUCUCUGGAGUACAGCCUCAGGGUCUACUGCCUGGAGGAUACACCCGUGGCGCUGAAGGAAGUGCUGGAGCUGGAGCGGACCCUGGGUGGCUACCUAGUGGAGGAGCCCAAACCCCUGCUGUUUAAGGACAGUUACCAUAACCUGCGCCUCUCCCUCCACGACAUCCCCCACGCCCACUGGAGGAGCAAGCUGCUGGCCAAGUACCAGGAGAUCCCCUUCUAUCACAUUUGGAGUGGCAGCCAGAAGGCCCUGCACUGCACCUUCACCCUGGAGAGGCACAGCCUGGCCUCCACCGAGCUCAGCUGCAAGAUCUGUGUGCGGCAGGUGGAGGGGGAGGGCCAGAUAUUCCAGCUGCACACCGUGCUGGCAGAGACACCUGCUGGCUCCCUGGACGCCCUCUGCUCCGCCCCCAGCAGCACAGUCACCACCCAGCUGGGACCCUAUGCCUUCAAGAUCCCGCUGUCCAUCCGCCAGAAGAUAUGCAACAGCCUGGAUGCCCCCAACUCGCGCGGCAACGACUGGCGGCUGCUGGCGCAAAAGCUAUCCAUGGACCGGUACCUGAACUACUUUGCCACCAAAGCGAGCCCCACGGGUGUGAUCCUGGACCUCUGGGAGGCUCUGCAGCAGGACGACGGGGACCUCAACAGCCUGGCAAGUGCCUUGGAGGAGAUGGGCAAGAGCGAGAUGCUGGUGGCCAUGACCACGGAUGGGGACUGCUGAGCCGCCCCAACCCUGUGCAUGCUGGGAGAGACCAGCAGGGGGCGGGCACAGGCCGCCGGGGCAGCCUCUUGUGGGGCAGUUGGGCCUCCUCACAGCCAGAAUGGCCCCCCUCCUCCUCCCCCUGCCCCGCCCCCAGACCACGACCAGCCUUAGGAAAUCCCUGGACUUUGCUGCUGGGAGGACCCAGCGUUCCUUCUCCACCCCCUGCUGACUUUCCUGACAUCAGACCUCUGUGCAGGAACUGGGACGGGGCUGAGGCCUCUGGAGGCAGCUAGGGGAGCAGGGAGGUGGCCCUCCCACCCUCAGCCCCCGGGCCCUCGAGGGGGCCUCUGUUUGAGCUGCGUUCUUCAUUUUCCUCCCCGGUUAUUAAUUUCUCCCUCCUCCCUAAGCCCCUUUCUCCUUUCAUGCCAUUUUCCUCUUUGAAGAGUCAAGUACAAUUCAGGCGAGCUGCUUUCUCCUGUCCACAAACAAAAAGGAAGAGGAAAAAAAAGAAGGAAAGACAGAAAGCUUCAGACCACUAGUCAGGCUCAAAAGAGAAGAAAAACACCAAAACCAUAAGGGAAAAGAAAAAACCCAGUUUCUUAGGAAACGCCAAUGAUUUAUUAUCCAGAUAUUUGGAUAAGUCCUUUUUAAGAAAAAAGAAAGAAAAUGAAAAAAACAACACACACAAAAAAUAGGAAACACUUUUCUUGAGUGUGGAUGAGUGUGGGCAUGCUUGUGGUUCUGGCCAGGAGCGUGUGUGUGUGUGUGCGUGUGUGUGUGUGUGUGUGUGUGUGUGUGUCUCUGUGUGUGUCAGAGAGAGAGAGAGAGACUAAACAGGGAACACUUUGCUGCUAGUGAUUCCAUCUUCGACUGCAUUCUAACAAGGCCCCAGCUUCCCCUUCCCCAGGGUCAGAUGGGGUUUGAGCCAUGGUCCCCUGUUUCCCUCCAAAAUCUUAAGUGAAUGCUGAUCGGGAAAGCCAUGGAGCCCUGAGGCCGGAGUGGAGCGAGGUCUUCCCUCCCUCUCACAGCCCCAGGUGGACCCCUCAAGGCUCCUCUGGGCUCCCAGGGAUCCAGAUUCAGAGGCCCCGGCAGGGAAAUAGGAGAGCCAGCCCAGCUUGGAGCCAGAGAGAAUUUCCAGUACUGUGGUCUCGUGGCUCCUGCAGAGGGGAGACGGCCCAGGAGGGGGGCCCUAGCAGAGAAAGAAGUCAAGGAUGAGAAUUCCCCACAGACACCUCUCUCCCUCACCCAAGGUCGGAGUGGGGUGCAGCCGGAAUCCGCCCCCCCAGCAGCCCCCAGACCAGGGGGGCUGCCAUAGGUUGGCAUCUUCUUAAUGCCCAGGAAUCCAGGAUCUGUCCUUUUUCAGCCUCGAUUUCUCCUUCUGUAAAACCGAAGGGGUGGAUGGGAGGGCCUCUAGCUGCAGAAGCCUGAGCUUCUGGGGUUGGUGUGGCUUUGAGGAUGGGCUAGCAGGCAGCCCUGCAGCACGGGAGGCUGGGAGGUAGGCUGCCUGGCCGCGCUUCACGUGCCAGCCCGCCGUGGAGGAGGGAGGGUGGAGGGCUGUCUUCCCAGAGCUCAUCUCCACAGGCACCUCCCUUCCACCCUCUUCUCACCCCUCCUCUGCCGUCUGGGACUGUUUGAAGUCAGCUUUGAUAAGCAAAGUUGGUGGCGUGGAGGAUUUCCAAGGGCCCAUCAGGGUCCCUCUUUGGCCGUCUGCUGGUGGCUGAGACCAGAAUCUUGAGCCAGCACAGAGGCUUCACAUCAAAGGGACUCUCUUCCUUGGCGCCCAGGGCAAAGCAAGUGCCAGCUCUAGGCACUGACCCCAGGGCUUGCCCCAGCAUGUCCUCGAGCCGCUCCUGGGACUGGCCUGGGCAUAUCCUGGCAUUUGAAAGUCUGGUCUCCUGGGAGGAAAGCAGUGGGGUAGUGCCAGCCAGUGUCCCUAGCAUGGCUUCCCUGCUGUGUACUCGGGGGCUUAUGGGAAUGAGGGGGUCUCACCACCCAGCAGCCCCCCCUGGGGAAUGGCCUGGCUCUGGACAGUCAAGGGCCUGCUGGUGUGAGAGAGGCUUCCUUUUUAUCAGGGCUGCUAAAGAGGCCAGGCCCGCAUCAAGUUUGGGCCCCUGAGGCUGCAGGCCCAGCCUCCCUGCUCGCCUCUGGUCUGGGCUGUGUGGUCCAUGGCCUUGAGGGCAGCUUCACCAGUGCCGUGAGGGGCUUUCCUGGUGCUCUUCUCAGGCCCUAAAAUGCCCACAGGCAGCCUGGGGUCCAAAGACCGGCCCUGAUGCUCCAGCUUUGCCAUUACACUGCUGUGUGACUUCAGGCAUAUGACUGCCUUCUUGGGGCCUCUUUUGCUUUUUAUAUCUAGACGGCUCCACAGCUGCUAUCUGAGGGCCCUUGGGGUUUGGACACAUGGCCAUUCUGGGCUGCUGAUGAGAACCCUGGUGGGUUGAAGUUGACCGUGGUCUGCCACGCCCCUUCUCCCUGCCCACCCUCGCCCCUCCCGCCAGAAGUCGGCUUCCUCAGUGCCCAGACCCAGUUCUUGGUGGGUGAGGCCAGACCAGCCACCCAGGUGCCAUUUCUAAUCUGGUUUCCAGAAACUGUGUACCAGGGCCUGGAGCACAGAACCAAUUGACUGAAGCCUCCUGGGAGGGUUCAAACUGUUCAGCUAUAUAAGAAAAGCCUGGACAGGAUUUGCGGGCCCCAUCCAUCUGCUGCGGCAGCCGUGACUUAGUCUGCACGCUACCCAUCUCCAGGUGGGAUGGAGGUUCUCCCUUCAUUCGGGCCUGAGAGGCAGCCGCACGCAACCUGAGUGCCUUGGGAGCGACAGAUUAAGUGCCGCUUCAGGGCCCUCGCGGUGUUUCCCUCUCAUCUCUGGGGUGUGCUUGCGCGUGCGUGCGUGUGUGCGGGUGCUCUUAUCUGUGGGCACAUCAGCGUGCCCCACCCGGAACUCGUCCCCACCUGUGUGUGAGUGUGUGUCCUCCUCACGUCCAUGCUGGGCCACCUGGAGGUCGGCGUGCCUGUUUUUGCCUCUCUGAGUCCACAGGGUCCGUCAGUGUAUCUUCUAUGUGCCUCUCCCUCCACCUUCUCCUGCAGUGCCCCAGGCUCCGGAGGGACCCUCCCCAUCUUCGGGAUGAUCCAGGGCCCUCUAGUCCCCUUUCCCUAGCAACCAGGCAGCUGAGCCAGGUCCCUUAGCAGACGCUUUGAGGAGAGGUGACCAGGAGCCUGGGUACAGGGAGCACCUCCCCUCGGGGCAAAGGGCUGGACCACCUGCUUGGGCCGUGGAUGUGGUUAUAUGCCUGGCGCCGCAGGGCUGCAGGGCUGGCCCCAAUCCCACCUCUGUUCAUUCUGUAAACUACAGCCUGUAAAUAACACUUAGCAUUCCUAUUGUAACAAAAUUAAUUUUUAUGAAAUAAAUUAUAUUUCCUAGUCUAAUAAAAAAAAAUCAGGUUGUA